AUGCACAUCGCCCGAAAGAGCAAGGUGAAAAUCCAGGCUAUUGAUGGUCAAGGCAAGCCUUUAGCAAAUGUAACUGUUAACAUCACACAGAAGAAGCCAGAUUUCCCAUUUGGUUGUGCAAUGAACGAAAGAAUCCUAACCAACACAGACUUUCAAAAUUGGUUCACCCCAAGGUUCAAGUUAACAACAUUUGAGAAUGAAAUGAAGUGGUACUUCACUGAGAAUUCCCCUGGCAGAGAAAACUACACCAUCCCCGAUGCCAUGCUGCAAUUUGCCAAAGAACAUAACAUCUCAGUCCGUGGCCAUACAGUGUUUUGGGAUGAUCCUCGAUACAAUAACGAUUGGGUUAAAUCGCUACCACCAAACGAACUAUCGUUGGUUGCUGACAGAAGGAUGAACUCUAUCAUGAAUCGAUACUCUGGUCAUGUUGUUCAUUGGGAUGUUGUUAAUGAAAAUCUUCAUUUUUCGUUCUUGGAAAGCAAGCUUGGAGAAAAUGCAUCUGCUGUUUAUUACCUCAAGGCUCAACAGCUUGAUGGAAAGGCGACGUUGUUCUUGAAUGAGUACAAUACCAUUGAAGAAAUGGGCGAUGAAGCAUCAACGCCAACUAAGUAUCUGGAGAAGAUUAGAGAGAUUCAAUCAAAGGGGUAUCAGGGUAGUUUGGGAAUCGGGCUCGAGGGUCAUUUUAGGACUCCAAAUCUUCCAUACAUUAGAGCUGCAAUUGAUCAGCUUGCAAUUGCAGGAUCUCCCAUUUGGCUCACAGAAUUGGAUGUUGAAAGCAGCCCCAACCAGGCAAGUUUUUUAAUGUCUAAUGUUACAAGAUUCAAUUUGAAUUUGUCAUUUAUUUUAGGAUGA